UGAUAUUAUAUCUGAGCUUCGCUGGAUAUCUACGUACUUUGUUAGACUUAACAAAACUCAUUAUCACAUGAAAAGGUUCAAUAGGCCUAAACACAGUAGAUAAAUUAGUGAUCAUAACUGUCAAUCGUCGGAGAACGGAGAACGUUUGGAUCCUCGUCUGGUUUCUUCGUAAAAAAUAAAUUAUCUAACAAUAUGGGUCGAUUUUCCGGGAAGCAAUGCCGAAUGAUAUCGAUGUUCUGGCUAAACACAAUAUGCUUCUUCGUGGAGAUUUUAUACGGAUACAUUACAAACUCUACGACAUUGGUAGCUGACAGCGUUCAUAUGCUGAGCGAUGUGGCGACAUUGGUAGUGGCUUUCAUUUCGAACGAGAUAUCGUCGAAAAAAUGGUCCAAAAGUACCUUUGGAUUGGCAAGAGCCGAGGUUCUGGGAGCUUUUGUAAAUGCUGUGUUUCUAGUAGCGCUGUGUCUUACAAUCGCCGUUGAUGCUUGUAAACGGUUAAUUCAGGUAGAAGAUAUUCGUAGACCUGAAUUAAUUUACCCCGUUGGAGUGUUAGGAUUGAUCGUAAAUGUCAUUGGAUUGUUUUUAUUCCACGAUCACGGCGGACACAGUCAUUCGCACAGUAGAAUGUCGCACAACCAUUCAAAACUAAAGCAAUUAGCUUCAGCCGGCGCCACCAAUGCUACAGCUACAGAUGACAAUGAAAACGCUGAAAGAUUCCAACCACCUAAUCUUGUUCACGAAGAAAAGAGCACAUCAUCGCAACAAAUGAACAUGAGAGGAGUAUUUCUCCAUUGUUUAGCCGAUGCCCUAAACUCAGUUAUAGUUAUAAUUUCUGCUAUGAUUGUUUGCGAAACGAAUUGGAAGUACAAAAAUUACGUAGAUCCAACGCUGAGUUUAUUAAUGGUUACGAUAAUCCUUCGAUCUGUCUGGUCACUGCUACGAGAAACUGCGUUAAUUUUAUUACAAACGUUUCCUCCGCAUAUUCAAGUAGAUGAAAUUCGAAGUCGACUUUUAAAAAAUUUCAAUGGUAUCUCCGCGGUUCAUGAGUUCCACGUGUGGCAGUUGACCAGCGACAAACUAAUCGCAUCUGCUCACAUAAGAUAUAAAACUUUAUCCGAAUACACGAAAUUGGCGGAAAAAGUCGAAGAAUUUUUCCAUAAUGAAGGAAUUCAUUCUAUCACCAUACAGUCGGAAUUCGUUGAAUCGUUGACAGAUCGAAGCUCUUCGAAUUGAACGCAACAAACACGUCGCGAAGAGCUUUUAACAUCAAAUCUUGACUUUUUGUUUAUCUAGAAAAUUUGACGUAUAGAUCUAAAUUUUGGUCAUGCAACCUUUUUUCAUUUUGAACAUACUACUUAGUCGGAGAAGACAUAACCAAACGAACAUAAUUCCAGAAUUUUGUAAUACUAAAUGACCUGUUAUUGUAUUUUUAUUCAUUUAUUCAUUCGAAUUUCACCUCUGAAACAACUUUUCUCUUAAAGAGGACACCCUAACUUAAGGAACAUUUUAAAGAAAACUUGUCAAAAAAAAAGUUGGCCUUACUUACAAAAUGACGGUCAUUUUGAUUGACAGGUCAGCCAAAAUCGAAAAAAAUUUUGAUUUCCAACAUAGGACUCGUACAAAAUUUUUUUGAACUGAACAAAGGUAUACGGAUCGAAAGAGCAUAAAAAAUUAAAAAUUAGCACGAAAAAUUAAUCAAAAAUUGAAAAGACGAUUUCAAUAGCUGAAUAUUUAUUUGGAUUUCCUCAAAAAUUUCCAUUUCAAUUGGGCAAGAUUUUUCAAAAGAUGAAAGCUGAACAUUAUUUCUUUGUAGGAAGAUGUACUUAAUGCAAUUUUUGCGAUUUCCAUUUUUUUCAUAUCUUUUUGAAGAUUGGUCCAACUCGAAGUUUCAUUUUUUAUCCAAGAGAAGAUGAAUUUAAUCUUUCCAACAAAAACAACAAUAUUGAGUAGAUGACUUGAAAGAAAAAAUUUUUCGAUUUCAAAAAUAUCAAGUUCUAUAAGAAACUGAAGGGCGGAGGACAUUCCAGCGCUACGAGUCCGGCCAUUGAAAGAAGACCGUUCCAGUUUCGUUGCCCAGCGCCAGUUCUACUCAAACUGGUGCACUAGCAAUUCCACUGAUGUGGGCUGCUUCGUGCAGCAUCUAUACACGAUCUCUUGAAAUUAUUUAUUGUGCCCCUUGCUAUUAUUCUACCCCUUCAUAGUCACGAGGAGUAAACUCGUUUUCCUUUCAUCUCUGUAUAUACGUUUACUGGUUCUUUUCCCCCUCGACUCUUACCUGUUGACGCACCACCCGGCACCUGCCAGUCACCGUUUUGCAACGUACCUUGUACGACCGCGUGUGUAUGCUGUAUGAGACUGAGACUGUAUACGAGUUUCAUGUUAUUUAAAUGUAACAGAAGUGUAGUUUUUGGAAAAGGUUCUGUCUAAAUAUUCAACAGUGAAUUGUGUAUUAUUUUAAUAAUGACUACGAAAAGAAAAAAAGGACAAACCGUGCAUAGUGAAGGACGAAAUAUAAUCCGAAAUAUCAUAUGUGUUUGUGAGGAAGAAAAACGGCGAAAUUCAACCAUCCUUGAAUUGGAUAAGGCUAUGGCUAGAGUGGCACUUUACGGAGAUGUAUCGGAAAAAACAGUGAGAAGGAUUAAGAAGGAAGCACAAGAAUCCACUUCUAGCAGUUCAAAUGAGACUUGUGCGAUGCCAAAAAAACUUAGUACACCUGGUAAAAGAAGGAAACGUGCAGAGAGUACUUCGCUAAUGGAUGAAUUCAAUUUUCAAGUAAUCAGGAAAACCAUUCAAAGUUUUUACUUCGAGGACAAACCACGAGUACCAUCUCUUCGAAAACUACUACCAGUACUACAAGAAAAUAUCAAAUUCCCCUACAAAAAAGAAACGCUUCGAAAAAUUUUACAUAAAAUGGGUUACCAGUGGAAGAAAUGCGGUGCUCGAACGAAAUUGCUUAUUGAAAAACCUGAAAUCGUACAAUGGAGAGGGAAGUAUAUCAAACAAAUUCGAGAAUAUCGACGAGAGGGCCGUCCCAUAUUUUAUAUCGAUGAAACGUGCAUCAAUAACAACUCGACUUUUAAGAAAUCUAGGCAGUCGGAAUUUUCAGAAGGAGUGAUCGUAGAUACUUCAUCGAAAAAUCGGUUAAUUUUGGUACACGCAGUUUCAGAACAUGGUUUGCUACAGGGAUCAGAAUUAUUAUUCGAAGCUAAUUCUACUAAAGGUGAUUACCAUGGUCAGAUGGAUAGUGCCAAUUUUAAAAAAUGGGUGAGCGAGAAAUUAAUACCUAGCCUACCACCAAAAUCAGUGAUUGUAAUGGAUAAUGCUCCAUAUCAUACAACACUGCUCGAUAAGGUACCAACAAAAUAUGCCACAGACACGGUGAUGAAAAAUUGGCUCGAGGCAAACAACAUUCCAUACAACGACAAAAUGAGAAAAUUUGAAUUAUACGAAUUAAUAGAAGCCCAUAAACCACCAACAAAAAAAUAUGCUAUCGAUGAGUUAUUUAAAAGUCAGGGCCAUGAUGUCUUAAGACUGCCACCAUAUAUGUGCGAGCUUAAUGUCAUUCAGUUGGUGUGGUCUCAAAUAAAAAAAGAAGUUGAAGCUUCAAUUAAUAUAAGCGGAGGUAAUUUUUCAUUAGUAAAAUUACAAGAAGUUACUCGAAGAAGUAUAGAUAAUGUUAAGCCUAGUGAAGCGAAAAAGUACUCGAAUCAUGUCAUAAAAUUGGAAAAUAAAUACUGGGAAACUGAUACUCUGAUGGAAGACAAAGUAGAUGAAAUGAUUAUUCGUCUCAGCGAUGAAGAUAAUAGUGAGUAUGAUGACGAUAUCUCUUUUGAUGAAUCAUCAGAAGAAGAAAGUGCGGAAUCUGACAUAGCUUGUGCUCUGAGUGAUUCUGAUUGACGCAUAAAAUUGCAUUACCGCGGAUAAUUUUAUUGUAAAAAAAAACAUGUUAAUUAUAAAUUUCAAGUUUUGUUUGUCCUUAUUAAAAUAUAAAAUUCAGUAUUCACAUUAGAUUGAUAUGUAUGUAUUUCAUAAUUUGUAUCCUCUUUUAAACUACGUAAUAAGAUGUAUUGAAAUUUUUACUGUAUAAAUUUUCUCCAAAUAUAAUUUUCAUUGACACGAAU